AUGGAGGCCAAACGCGUCGUCUUCGUCUCGCUGAAACCGGCGAGUGGGCGCGCCGAGGGCGCGUCGUCGCGAUCGACGCGGAAGCGGGCGUUGGGGAUCGAGGCGAACGCGACGUGGGAGGAUUUCGAACGCGCGGUGAUGGAGCGAUUGCGCGUCGCGGGCGUGCGGGCGGUGUAUCACGCGUCCACGGGUGAGCGCGUGCGAGGGGUGGAGGACGUCAGGGACAUUGAAGAUUUGAUCGUGGAGGAGGAUGAGGGGGCGCGGAUGAUCCCGGAGGGUGGGGUCUCGCCGAGUCCGUCGCGGACGGCGCACGGAAGCCGAAACGCGAGCGCGAGCGCGCGGACGGAGACGGAGGACGACGACGGGAAGAAUAAACCGAGAAGAAUGUCGGUGAUGCUGGCGAAUGUUAUUCCGGGAUUGAGCGGCGCCGUGGGGGGGGAGGCGAUGCGAAAGUUGGACAGCGCCCUGGACGCGGCGGAGCGCGGCGGAGACGACGACUCGGAGCGCAAGACGCGGUCGAGGUUCUUCAAUCGCUCGGGGGGGCGAGGGAAGACGUCGAAGCGUAAGAGACGACUGAGUUACCGUCGCUUGGGGCUGCUCAUCGCCGGCGUACUCGCGCUCGCGCUUUGGUUCACGCUCGGGAGGAAUCGCGACGACGCGUUCGGCGUUCGGUAA